AUGAAUAAGCCAAUUCCGCCCAAUGAGAUCCUGGAAAAACCUAAACCACCUGCCAAUGAGUCGUCCGUACACGGAUUUGAGUGGUGGAGACGAACUUUCCAAUACAAAACAGGUAUGGGUCUAACAGCUGCGGAAAAGAAGCAAUACGAGAAUGAUUACGAAUUUGUUUUGCAGCGUAAACAGUGUAAUGAAUGCUAUCAGUACCGAGACUGGAUUUUGCAAUAUUCGCCCACAGUUAUAUUCAUGGCACAACAAAUUGCCAGACUGAAUAGUAGUGGGCAAGUUUCUAAUGGCCAACCAUCACUGAAAUUUGACGAGUCCAAGAUCAUUUGCGAUGUGUGCCCCGAGUGGAGAAGUGGCGGGUUCCACCCAGAGCUCGGGAUUUUGCUAUGUCAGAACAGAAUUCGCGAUAAGUGGCAUCUCGAAGACACGCUAGCGCACGAAAUGGUGCAUUACUACGAUAACACCCGGUGGAAAGUGGACUGGCUUGCUUUGAAACACCAUGCAUGCUCUGAAAUCCGGGCCUCAAGUCUCAGUGGCGAGUGUCGUUUCAUGCAGGAGUUUGCCAGGCGUGGACUGGGAUUCAAAGUCAGCAGAGGGCACCAAGAAUGCGUUCGUCGAAGGGCCACGCUGAGUGUAAUGGGAAAUCCAAAUUGUAAGGACGAAAAACAUGCGCAGAAAAUUGUCGAUGAGGUUUGGGACAGCUGUUUUGGCGACACACGUCCCUUUGACGAGAUAUAUCGAUAA